AUGAGCCUCGACGCGCUGCUUCAGGCGGCGCUGGCGCCGGGCACAGAGCGCGAAGCACUGUGGAAAGUUGUGCUCGACCGGCUCAUCGAGGUCGACGGGUCGCAGCUGCCGACAGUGGUGACGCAUGUGCGCCGCGCGCUUCAAGACGCGACCUGCGCGCCCAUUCAUUGUCUCGUCUACCAAGUCGUCAAAAAACUCGGGUGCCGCGGCGAAGUCGAGCGCAAGCUGCUCAUCAAGGAGGACAUUCCAAAGCGCAUGCUCGUGGCCAUGGACGCUGCGAUGGACGAUGCCAACGCCAUGGCCCUUGGCCUUCAAGCCCUCUACCCGCUCGCGUUUGACGCGCCCCACCGCACGUACCUCCUCCACUGCGGCAGCUUGCCCGUCGCGCUCCGGGCGAUGCAGUUGCACAAAAGCCACUUUGCGACGACGACCCACGGCAGCAAGUUUCUCCAGCUCAUGGCCUUUGACGACGACUGCAAAACAGUGAUCGUCGACGCAUUUGGGCUGCCGAUUGUGCUGGACGCGCUCUUGGCCUUUGCGUCGGACAAGGACCUCGCCGUGAGCGCGUCCGACUUGGUGUAUUUUCUGGUCGCCGACCUCGAGCCCGGCAGUGCGCCGAUCCGCGGGCUCGAAGCGCGCAUUAUCGCCGCCUCGACGUGCAUCAUGAACCAGCACCGCAGCGAUGACCGCGUGCAGUCGCACGGUGUCGCCAUCUUGAACAGCUUGACCGAGCACGCUGAUGCCCGACCGCUCUUGUGUACGUGCGAGGUGCUGCUUGCGAUCGAAGAUGCGCUUGGUGCGACAUACGAUGCAACUGCCGACGCACUCGUCUUGCUCUACGAGCUGUGCCAAGACGCUAUGUGCCGUGCAAAGAUCGGACGAUGUUUACGCCGACGCGGAGAUGGACGGCCGUCGUUGCUCGAGAAGCUCGAGACGAUCCAAGUCGAGAACGACGACCUUGACAGUCGCGAACGCAUUCAGUAUCUUCAGGAGGCGCUGUUGGAGGCAAGGGCGAGUGAUGUCGUGACGCUCGACGAGCUCGCAACCGCCACUCUUGAGACAGUGCCGCCACCGACGGCCCGCGUUGCACCGCUACCCAAGGCGAGUUUGGUGCUCGAAACAGCGACAAAUGAGAUCUCGGACGCGCUCCUGUCACCGUCCACAAAGUCGGUGGUCGAUGCUGACGUACGAGCCCCGACGCUGGCGGCGAUCGCAGAAGGCGAAGACGACGUGCAGGGAUGCGCACCCAAAGACGAACUCAACAGCAACUGCUUUCCAGCGUCCUAUUUCUCUGCGACCGCGCCGGACAAGUUGACGGAUUUCACAUCGAAAGAAGUUGCGGACGAGCCGCCCGUCAAGAUUCUCUACAGCCGUACGCCUGUCACGAAUAUUGUCCCCAGCGUCAAAGUCACAAGCGUCGCCGCGGCAGAGCCACCCAAGCCGAUAGCAUUCCAACCUACAACACGAGACGACGACACAUCGUGGGCGCAAACAUCGACAUCGGUCCUUGCGAUCGAGCAGCUCGAAGCACAGUACCAGGAAGCAGCUGCCGAAGCCAUUGAGCGAGAGCGCGCCAAGACGCGAAAACUGCUCUUCAACUACAAACUCCUUCAGCGUCGACUGGCCGAACAACACAAGCUCCUUUGCGUCCAUAACGAGCGGUCGGUCGCCGACUCGGAGAUCCACGAAGCACUCUUGACGCGCGUGACGCACCUCGAGACGGCGCUCGGCGAAGCCCAGCGGACGUGCGAAGCCGAGCGCAGUGCCCGCUUGUCGCACGAAACCGAGGCGAUGAAGGCCCACGGCGCGCUCGCCGCCGCGCUCACGUCGCUCGAGGAGCAAAAGACACGAGUCUUCAAGGAGAAAAUGGUGGGGGAAAAGCAGUUUGUCGAUGUCCAGCACGCCGCCCAAGCGUUAUCGGCCGAGAAAGACGUGCUUCUUGAGAGCCUCAAGACGUCGCACGAGUGUCAGCGGCUUCUCGAGACGCAACUCGAAGCUGUCACCGCUGAAAUGGCGCAAUGCAAGCGUGAAUCGCUCGAAAAUUUACUCAUGCGCGAAGACGAUGUCGAGAUUCCAAUGCCAAGUACCUACUACGUGCAGGCAUCGCCCAUGCCCAAGCGGUCGACCAAGUACGCGCUGCACGGUCUUGCGAGCCCCACGAUUGAAGUCUCGAACGAGCCGGAACUCAAAGACAAGAAGGCGAUUGAAACCUUUCUCUUUCGCACGUACAAAUGCCUUGAAGCGUGCUCGGAAGGCCACGGCGUGCACUUUUCGAUCCUUCGACGGUACUUUGUCGACACGGGGCUCGUGACGCCACCCCUCCUGCUCGGCGACGUGGACAUGACCCUCAACAAGAUCCUCGCAGUCGCCCAAGACAACAAGCUCAAAGUCAAGCAGCGGAAAGACUACGAGUUUGGCGCGUGUCCCGUGCGACCCAACUUUGGGAAGCUCCGGCACCGAUACUUUAGCCGGAGCCUGUUCUGCGAAGCCGUCACGCUCGUGGGGGCGAAACGAUACCCAGAUGUUGAAACCCCGGAAAUGCUUCGGCUCGUCAUUUUGCACCACCUCAACCCGUUUUCCAAGAGCAUUGAAGCCAAAGGCGACGUGCAGCUGCUCGUGAGCUGCUACGACGCAUUUGGGUUCCUCAAGGUGCUUUUGGACGCACUGCACGCGCAGUUGAAGACAGAGAAGACACCCGACUCGCGACCUGAAAGCCUCAGCCACGACCAAAUCGUGGGAGCCAUGCUCGAGAUGGUUCCGAUUCUCCAACGCGAGCAAAAGCCACUCCGGAUCAUGUGCGAGUUUUACACGUCAACCCACGACGUCUGCAAAGACGACGCCCUCGAUAUGGGGUUGGAGAGCCUUGUGAGCUUUGCCGUGGACUUUGAAAUUAUUCCGGCAUUUCUGGAUCGAUUGGCGGUCAAACGGCUCUACAAGGAGGUCCUCACGUACGUCAAGACGUUCCUCGCGCGCUACAGCGGGUUUCCUUGCCCGAUUGACAAGAAGAAAUACGUUGCGUUCUACAUCCUCCUCAUGCGCCUUGCCGUCGACAUCUUCAAGGACAAGCGCGACUACGAGAUGCCCGAGACCCAAAUCACAGGCCUGCUGCAGUGGCUCGACAACUCGCGCGGCCGCGGCCGUAUCAUCCGCAAAGGCAGUGUGCACGCCGGCAUCAAGUUUUCUCACAAACUCUACACGGUCAAAGGCUCGUAA